AUGGCUAAAUUCACAAUCUUCCCUCUCGCCCUUUUAUUCAUCCUCCUUCAGCUCACCCACAAUCUCCUCGCCAAACGUCAAGUCCUCUACUGGAUGGGCCUCGAACGCACUCACGAAAAUAUCACUCACGAUUUGAAUGAUAUUUUGGAGAGAGCAAGGGAAGGCGAAUUUACACAAAUUUCCUAUGAAGCUUAUAAUUUGGGAGAAUAUUCAUCGUUUGUGGAUAAUCACUUUAGUAAUGUGUUGCCAUUACUAAAAAAGGCUAAUUUGCAAACUUUUCCAAUGAUAACUACUGUUAAUAUUCCGUAUUUGCAAGAAUUGUUGAAUAAUGAGACGACUAUGGAUAGAUUUAUUAUUCAAGCUGUCGAAAAUCAAAAGAAUAUAGACACAACUGGAUAUAAUAUUGAUUUUGAACCUAUUCGAAAUGAUAUUACAACUCAACUAGCUCCAAAUUUUGUAAAAUUCUUGAAUAGAUUUGCGGAUUCUCUUCAUCUUGUUGGAAAGAAACUUACUGUUUGCAUUGCUUCUUGGAGUUUCUUCUGGGAUUGGAAUUUAUUAUCAGAAAGUCGAGUUGACAAGAUUAUUACCAUGGACACCUAUGCUGCUCGUGCAGAACAAUUCGAUUCUGCAUUUAAAAAGGCAGUUACAACAAUUCCUAUUAGAAAGUUAGGUUUAGGGUUAAUGAUUGAUUCGAGAGUAAACCAAACUGAACUAGGAAGAAGAAUUUCAAUGAUUGAAAAUUCUGGAAUUGAUGAAAUUGAUGUUUGGCAAUAUCAAGACGUGCCUGAGUUUUGGUUUAAUGAAUUGGAAAAAUUCGUCAAGAAUAAUUGA